UAAAGGUUAGUGCAAGCCAAAAUUAAGUACAUUUCCUUUUAUAUUCAUCUUUGGUAGAUUUUUUGCCUUAUUUUGCAGGUGAAUAGUAAGUUUGGAAUUAUGGAAGGAUUCAGUGAAAGAACCAACUUACAAGGAUUACCACCUUGGCCUAGAAAGCUUAUUAGUGUGAGGCCAUUGGGUAUGGCUCCAUCAAUGCUCCCUUUGCUCGCCCCUAGUUCAUUUCAAUUCUGGAAAAAACCCUAUUUUUCCAACCCAGAUGACUCUUUGGCGGAUAAUCACAACAAGUAUCGAGACUCAUCGCCACAAUCAGAUGAGAAUCUUGAUACUUUUGUAACUCCUCUCUCUAGUGAUUAUCCUGUUAAACCAGAAAUUGUGUGUGGUCGUUCCGGGCGUAACCAGUUAGACCCCAACAUGGACCCUAAAAAGCUUAAACGAAUUAUUUCCAAUCGAGUUUCUGCACAAAAAUCUAGAAUGAAGAAGCUUCAAUAUGUCACUGAAAUGGAAAGAAAAGCGAAGGCUUUAGAGGUUGAAAUAGCAGUUCUCCGUCCUCAAGUCGUAAGGUUUAAAAACCAACAACAUUUAUUGCAAAUGGAGCAGAAGAAGUUAAAUCAGGAAGUCUCUGGUCGGGCCAACAACAAAUCAUUGAAAGAUGCUGAGAUUGAGGAGAAUAAAGCAGAAGUGAAUAGGUUGAGGCAACUCCAUUUAGCACAACAACAACAGAAUAUGCAAGGACAACAGAUGCUGCCUACUUGGAAUGAACAUGGGUUUGAGCAGAUAAUAAAUGAAAGCUUUGUUCAAUCUACCGAGCAAAUUGACGAGAAUAUAGAAGAAAUCGAUGAAUGGAGUAAAAAACAGGAGCUUGCACAAACGUGGAUAUCUACACUUUCAACAUCUCUUCUGGUGAAUCCUAAUGGAAACCUCAAUAUGAGCUCAAACCUUGGCGGCAUUGAACAAAUGCUCAGUCUCAACCAAAAUACCAAUAGUUGUGUCUUGUGAAUCUUUACUAACUGUUCACUUUUUUAUUUAUUGUCAACUUUUUAUGUUAUUUUUAUUUUAUUUUAUUUUUAAAUCUUGUUCUCGAAUUUUUAGUGUUUCUUUUAUUUUCCUUUUCAUUUAGGUUUAAUGAGCAAUAUUACCAUAUAUAAUGUAGAAUUUAGUUAUAUGUACUUCUUAUACUUCCAAUUUUAUACUAGCUUAUUUGAGGUAUAUAUGUAUAUAUAUAUUACUAUAUAAUAAAAGCCGUGAGGGAUGAACAGUAACAUCUCAA